UAUUUUCCCUCUUUCCCGUGCGCUUGAAGUUGAACCCUGGUGUUUUCUCUACCUCUUCUUCCGAGUUGGCUUCAUCUCCUUCAACCUUUGACCUCUGUUAUUUGAUAGCCACAUUUACCUGCUCCCAAUACCCACUACCUCCAUCCUUUGCUGAAUCCUUCGACCCAAAACCCACUCAACAAACCUACACUUUCUGCCCACACAAACACAAGGGCAGAGCUCAGCCCCCUUUCUUUCUUUUCCUGGUGCCCAUCCCUCUUACUUCUUCCAGACCCACAUCCCCUCGAGGGAGUAGGAACUAUAAUUACUGGAAAGAGCCGCCAUGGGGACGAGGAACCAGCAUUUGAGUCGAGAGGAUGAGGAGGAGGAUCCACCAGGUCGUGGCGCUGUCUCAAUUUCGGGUCAAUCGGUGUCCACCAGUCGGAGCAUAGGGUCGCCUUCGAGCCGGAGCGAGCAGACGAUGGCUACACCUGCCAGUGACAGCACUUUGUUUAGACUAAACCAUCUCGACAUCCAAGGCGAUGACGCAGGAUCGCAAGGCGCUGUUGCUAGCAAAAAGAAAAAGAGAGGGCAACGCGCUGUUGGAGGUGAUAAGAGCGGAAGAGGACUCCGCCAAUUUAGCAUGAAAGUGUGUGAGAAAGUGGAAAGCAAGGGGAGGACUACUUACAAUGAGGUAGCAGAUGAACUUGUGGCAGAGUUUGCUGAUCCUGGCAAUAGUGUCACAUCCCCAGAUCAGCAACAAUAUGAUGAGAAAAACAUUCGAAGAAGGGUGUAUGAUGCCCUGAAUGUUCUCAUGGCCAUGGAUAUCAUUUCUAAGGAUAAAAAAGAGAUACAAUGGAAAGGUCUGCCUCGUACUAGCCUGAACGACAUUGAAGAAUUGAAGACAGAGCGUCUGGGACUCAGAAACAGAAUUGAAAAGAAAGCCGCAUAUUUGCAAGAACUGGAGGAACAAUUCAUAGGUCUUCAGAACCUGAUACAGCGAAAUGAGCAAUUGUACAGCUCUGGGAAUGCUCCAAGUGGAGGUGUGGCUUUACCUUUUAUUCUUGUUCAGACACGACCUCAUGCAACCGUCGAGGUCGAAAUAUCAGAGGAUAUGCAGCUGGUGCAUUUUGACUUCAACAGCACCCCAUUUGAGCUCCACGACGACAACUACGUUCUAAAGGCAAUGAAAUUUUGUGAAAGACCACAGGUUGAUGAUGUGGUGCACAAUUUCUCUGCAGAUGGAGGUGAAGGUUCUAGCAUGUCGGGUGUGCAUCAAACACAGAUUCCUCUUCCUUCAGUGUCAAACACUUCGGUUAGGCCUCCUGCCUCACCACCUCUUCCUGGAAUACUAAAAGCACGUGUGAAGCAUGAGCAUUAGUCGGUAAGAUCAAGUUGAACAUCCCACUGUGAAAAAUGCUCUCUGCAUGUCUAUAUUUUGCAAAGAAGUUUGCCAGAAGUGCAUAGGCCCCUAAUGAAUAUGCUCAUCUCAUUAGAUUGCCAAUGUUCUGGAAAUAUCUAUUGCAAGCAGAUGGGUCAACUUCUGGUCAAAUCCUUUGCUUAUAUAAUCUGCUAUUGUAACUGUUUAUCCUAUUCUUUCCUUGCUUUUUAGCCUCCAAUGUAGUAGAAAUGGGAGUGUUAGACUGUAGAGGAUUGUCCAGCUCCAUAGAAGUCAUAAUAUCAGUUCAACAAUUAGAGUUCCUGUA